AUGCGAUCGGUAUCCUGCUGUCAACCGGCCAUCCGAACCCCCAUCAUCAUCGCCGGUCUUUCACAAGUUUUCCUACCGCCGGAACUACUCAGCAUAGCACCCCGACUCGUCCUCAAGCUCAACCCAUCGGUCUUGCACAAGAUUCCCGCCCUCCCCAAUCCAGCUUGUUUGCUGCCUUUAUCGAAUCCCAUUCACCUUCCCGACGUCUUGUCCUCGCCACAUUGUCACACUAAAAAGAACUGCUAA